GGAACGCUUCCUAUAAGUAAAAUCAUUAGCGCUCAACUCCCAAACGCUCUUUGACCAGUUCAACACGGACAGCUCUCGCUAGCCUCCGCCCAAGUCGAAACGGCUUGGAUAAUUUUGUAGGCGUCAACCCGCAUAGCAGAGAUGACGGACAAUAUUCCUCUGCAGCCGGUACGACACAAAAAACGACACGACAACAAACACAAGAAUGGGUGCUGUCCAUGGUCAGGGUGCUGUGGGAUGGGGGAUUUUCGACCUCGGACGGUAUGGCUAGGCCACCCGGAGAAGAGGGAACAGAGGUACCCCAGGAACGUCAUAAACAACCAAAAAUACAACUUCUUCACCUUUCUCCCUGGGGUGCUGUUUAACCAGUUCAAGUACUUCUUCAAUCUAUACUUUCUGCUCCUGGCCUGCUCUCAGUUUGUGAAUGAACUCAGACUAGGGGCUCUGUACACUUACUGGGUUCCACUGGGUUUUGUUUUGAUUAUUACCAUAGUGAGGGAAGCAGUUGAAGAAAUACGAUGCUUUCUACGAGACAAAGAGGUCAAUUCACAGAUCUAUAGUAAGCUCUCCACAAGAGGAACUGUGAAGGUAAAAAGCAGUGGGAUCCAGGUUGGAGAUCUUAUCAUUGUUGAAAAGAAUCAGCGUGUUCCUGCUGACAUGAUCUUCCUAAGAACCUCUGAAAGAAAUGGCUCGUGCUUUCUGCGCACUGACCAACUGGACGGCGAAACAGACUGGAAACUGCGCCUCCCGGUGGCCUGCACGCAAAGACUCCCCACAGCAGGAGACCUUCUGCAGAUCAGGUCAUAUGUGUAUGCCGAGGAGCCUAACAUUGACAUCCAUAACUUUGUCGGCACCUUCACCAGAGAGGACGGAGACCCUCCAGUCAAUGAGAGCCUGAGUAUUGAGAACACACUGUGGGCCAGCACUGUCAUUGCCUCUGGUACCGUGGUAGGGGUGGUGAUUUACACCGGAAAAGAGCUCCGUAGUGUCAUGAACACCUCGAACCCGAGACACAAGAUUGGGCUUUUUGACCUGGAAGUGAACUGUCUGACUAAGAUCCUGUUCGGAGCCCUGGUGGUAGUUUCUCUGGUCAUGGUGGCACUGCAGCACUUUGCCGGACGCUGGUACCUCCAGAUCUUCCGCUUCUUGUUGCUGUUCUCCAAUAUAGUUCCCAUCAGUUUGCGCGUAAACCUGGACAUGGGCAAAAUGGUGUUCAGCUGGAUGAUUAAGAAAGAUUCUAAAAUUCCUGGUACCGUGGUCCGAGCCAGCACCAUCCCAGAGCAGCUUGGACGGAUCUCAUACCUUCUCACAGAUAAGACCGGCACUCUCACUAUGAAUGAAAUGGUGUUCAGGCGCCUCCAUCUUGGAACUGUGGCCUAUGGAAUGGACUCCAUGGAUGAGGUGCAGAGUCAUGUAUUCAGUGCUUACACUCAGCCCCCUCACGACUUCGCAGCCUCCAGAGCACCAGCCACAACAAAAGUGAGGAAGACUAUCAGCAGCAGAGUGCACGAGGCGGUGAAGGCCAUCGCGCUGGUGCACAACGUGACACCCGUGUACGAGGCGAAUGGCGUGACGGACCAGGCCGAGGCCGAGCAGCACUACGAGGACACCUGCAGGGUGUACCAGGCAUCCAGCCCUGAUGAGGUGUCUUUGGUACAGUGGACAGAGAGUGUGGGGCUGACUCUGGUAGGAAGAGAUCAAUCCUCCAUGCAACUGAGGACCCCUAGUGGCCAAAUCCUCAACUUCACCAUCUUGCAGAUUUUCCCCUUUACCUAUGAGAGCAAGCGUAUGGGAAUCAUAGUGCGAGAUGAGUCCACUGGAGAAAUCACCUUUUACAUGAAAGGUGCUGAUGUUGUGAUGUCAGGCAUAGUUCAAUAUAAUGACUGGCUUGAAGAAGAGUGUGGGAACAUGGCCCGUGAGGGCCUGAGAGUUCUGGUGGUGGCCAAGAAGUCUCUAACCGAAGACCAGUACCAGGACUUUGAGGCCCGCUACGUCCAGGCUAAGCUGAGCGUACACGACCGCUCACUCAAGGUGGCCACGGUCAUCGAGAGUCUGGAGAUGGAGAUGGAGCUGCUCUGCCUGACGGGGGUAGAGGACCAGCUGCAGGCCGACGUGCGGCCCACGCUGGAGAUCUUGCGCAAUGCCGGUAUUAAGGUGUGGAUGCUGACGGGGGACAAACUGGAGACAGCCACCUGCACUGCCAAGAACGCUCAUCUGGUGACCCGCAACCAGGACAUCCAUGUCUUCCGGCCCGUGACCACACGAAGUGAGGCCCACCUCGAGCUCAACGCUUUCAGGAGGAAGCACGACUGCGCUCUGGUGAUAUCAGGAGACUCUCUGGAGGUGUGUCUGAAGUUCUACGAGUACGAGUUUAUGGAGCUGGCAUGCCAGUGCCCAGCUGUGGUGUGCUGCCGCUGCGCACCCACGCAGAAGGCGCAGAUCGUCCGACUGCUCAAGGAGCGCACUGGGAAACUCACUUGCGCCGUGGGGGAUGGAGGAAAUGAUGUCAGCAUGAUCCAGGAAGCCGACUGUGGCGUGGGAGUGGAGGGCAAAGAAGGGAAGCAGGCCUCCCUGGCUGCCGAUUUCUCGGUGACUCAGUUCAAGCAUUUGGGCAGACUGCUCAUGGUGCACGGCAGAAACAGCUACAAGAGAUCCGCUGCUCUCAGCCAGUUCGUCAUUCACAGGAGCCUCUGUAUCAGUACCAUGCAGGCUGUUUUCUCCUCCGUUUUCUACUUCGCAUCAGUGCCCCUGUACCAAGGGUUUCUAAUCAUCGGCUACUCAACAAUCUACACUAUGUUCCCUGUCUUUUCCCUGGUUUUGGAUAAGGAUGUCAAAUCAGAGGUGGCCAUGCUCUAUCCUGAACUUUACAAAGACCUCUUAAAGGGUCGGCCGCUCUCCUUCAAAACAUUUCUAAUAUGGGUCUUGAUUAGCAUCUACCAAGGCAGCAUCAUCAUGUAUGGAGCGCUGCUGCUCUUUGAGUCGGAGUUUGUGCACAUCGUGGCGAUCUCGUUCACCUCGCUGAUCCUGACCGAGCUGCUGAUGGUGGCACUGACAGUUCAGACGUGGCACUGGCUCAUGGUGGUGGCAGAGCUGCUCAGCCUGGCCUGCUACGUCGCCUCACUCGUCUUCCUGCACGAGUUCAUUGACAUCUACUUCAUCGCCACGCUCUCGUUCGUGUGGAAGGUGACGGUCAUCACGUUGGUCAGCUGCCUGCCGCUCUACGUCCUCAAGUACCUGCGUCGACGCUUCUCUCCUCCCAGCUACUCCAAGCUGACUUCCUAGAACCCCGGACCCCCACCACGCCCCACUCUGGCAGCCUCAUCCCUGUCCACAACCGCCACCCCCCACCCCCCACCAACAGACCUGCUUCAUCAACAUGCAUCGCACGUGACUAACAGAGAUGCCGGCAUGACCGAACCCUAACAUCCCUUCUUUUGUGUGCAUGACACAAAGAAAUGUGGGGAAGUUUAAGGAUCCCUAGCCCUGAUUGCCUUUAUUUAGCUGUGCAGUUGAUUUUACUUUAAAGCGGUCAGAGUGCGAGCUCACUAAGGCACUGUGGCCUAUCCAUUCUGCUCUGUGUGGGUGUGGGCAUUAAAAGCAGGGAAAACCACAAAGACCAUUCUUUGUGGCUAUGUUUCAAGGGUGUUGCACAAUUUAAUAAAUAGCUUGGAAAUUCGUGCCAUUUGCAGACAUACCAUCUCAGCCACAUCAUUUAUUUAUUUUUUAACAAUAGAUUGCUUGAGAGAUUGCUUAAUGAAUACUAAAACACUGGUAAUCUGGUAUCUCUGGAAAUCUGGUAUCUCUUUGAAGCUUUGAUGUUUGGUCAAAAAGAGAUACUUUGGCUUUUUGAAUGACAUGGAAAGAUUUGAUCAUUUAAAAUAAUGUGUUAAAGGUAUUUCUGUGGAAAGUAUUCUUUGUACACAACAUUUAUCUAAUGUGAUUGUUCAAAAGGGAACACAAGUCAGGAUCUACACCACUCUAUGUGAAUGCGUGUAUAUUUGUGUGGGCUACUCUUUGAAUGCACUCAUCACAAAAGCCCAGAUCUUCGUAAAUUUAAUUUAUUUUUAUUAGCAUGUUGUUGUGCAGUCUCAAAUGAUGUUUACUUUGCCAGGGCAGAAGGUUACUGAAUAACGGUGGGUCAUCUUUAAAGAGCAUGGGAAGUGUAAUGACAUAAAUUAAAUGUUCAUUUAGCUUACAACUCCCUUUCUGGCCCUCUUUGGGUGUCUAAUUUUGUCUAAUUCCUUGUUGCCAGCUAAGGUCUCUCUCUCUCAUUCUCACGCACGCAAAUACACACACACGCGCAGCCCCUGUGUCUCUCACUGCAUUACUGAGCAGAGUUCCGACAUUUAGUCAAAAUGCUGUUUUCCUAACACACUUACUUCCACCCUACCUCCCAAACAAAUUAUACCUUUAAAGAGAACAACAACAAAAAAAAAAAUCACAACUACGCACUUCAACAGAAAGCCAAAUAAUCUUGCGUCAACUUUUUCAUAAUUUUUUUCUUUAUGGUUUUCUAACUUCAAUUGUGAUUCAAUUAUUUGUGGCUCAGUGAUAUUGGGUUUGUAAAUAAUCUGUAUGAUCUCAUGUGCACUUAACAUAUUGCUAUGUUUUUGUGUGUUGAUUCAAUCUGUAAGACUUUGUAAACUGACAUAGUGAUGGUGCCAUUUGUGGCUGAAGGAGUCAUUUAACAGGGUGCCAUAUAGACUCCUCCUCUCCUGAUCUUUUCUUCCUGUGUCUUCUGAUAGAUUUUAUUUAUGACUAAUGCCAUCUAAGAUGAACAUAAGACUUUUAUACAUGCAUUAGACACAGGAAAAUAUUUUUUUCUUCUUGGGUGCAAUAUAUUAAAGUUAAAAAUUAAUAUAAUUAAGAGAAAAUUAGUUUGUCUCUAAUGCUGUCACCUUUCCCUGAAGAUUCCAGUUAACUGGUUAUGCAUGGAUAGCAACACAGAGAGACUGUUUGUUAUAGUGAGUAGUUAGUGAAUGGAUAUCGACUCAACAGUUGCUGUAGGACAUUUGAGGUGUCCUCAAAAUCCAUUGUCAACAAUCUCAUUUUGGUUUGCUUAGUGUCUUGCACGAGGAAAAUCUGUACUAAUGAGACUUCUCAGAUGUAGUAACAUGGACCUAUACUGCGAUGGUACACCGUGUAGAUUGUGACUUCUCCAGUUUUUGCUGUUCUUGUUUUGUUCUUGUUCCUUUUCAUAAAUGGCAGGACUAAUUUUUAUGUCAAGGAAUUAUGACUUGUUGAACUGUAAAUAACAAAAGUGGUAUUUAUUUAUUAACUUUUCUUAUUUGUGUUGUAAUUUGCACUCAUAAUUGAACAAAAAGGGACAAAAUGUCUGUGAAUCCCAGUGGUGUUAAAAUAAAGAAAACGGUUUCUUAUCAUA